UUGCAGAGCAAACUUGCAGAUAAAAUGGCUGAAUGUGCAGAUAUCCAAGAAAAGAACAGUCAACUUAAAUCUCAGCUACGAGAACUUGAAAAAAAGAAGGAAAUCCAACUUCAGAAUCAAGCAACUGAAGCUAAUGAACAGAAGGAAGCAUUAAACCAGCAAGUGGUUGACUUAGCCUGCCAAGCCAAAGAACAGAGCAUGAGAAUAUCAUCUCUAGAGAAGAUUGUUUCUGAGAAGGAGCUGGAUUUGCUGAGGCUGAGAGAUGUUAUAUCCUCCUUGAAGGCUGAAAAAGAAGCUCAGGCAUUGGCUGUAGAAACUCUAAAAGAAGAACAAACAAAAAGGUUGUUAGAACUGCAGCUUCAGCAUCAACAGGAUAAGGAUAUGCAGUUAUCACUUCUGAAAGAGGAGCUACAGUGUCAAAAGCAAAAGGAAAUCCAACAGUUUGCAGAAAAUAUGGAGCAAGUGAAAACAAAAGCACUUCAGGAUCAAGCUGAAUCACUCAAGAAAGAAAUGGAUAAAGUUCUGAAAACUUUAGUGUUAAAGGAUAAAGAGAUUGGGAAAUUGAAAGAGAACACUGAAAUCGCAAAAGGAAUCAUGAAAAAAACUUGUUGUAGGAACUAAAACAAGAAGCCAGAGAGACGGUAA